GUGGACCUGGCAAGGGCUCAACGUGAGAGUGGAGUGUACUCUGGCAUCCUCAGGCAAAAGCUAGGCCUUCAAGUGAUGGAAUUGCCUGCCAGUGAAGACCUUCCACGAGGGCAGCUGAUUGGCGACACUGCAGUAGUGAUAGCCGAUACGGCUUUGAUCACCCGUCCAGCCAUUCCCGCCAGGAGGAAAGAGACAGAAGGCCUGCAGACGUUGUUUGAGGAGCUGAAGUUCAGAGUCUUUGAACUCACAGAUGAAAAUGCCACACUGGAUGCCAGCGACAUCCUCUUUACAGGUUCAGAGAUCUUUGUAGGCUUGUCCAAAUGGACGAAUCUUCGAGGAGCAGAGAUGGUAGCAAAGACGUACCAGGAUUAUGCAGUUUCCACUGUCCGAGUUUCUGGAGAUUUACAUCUAAAAAGCUUCUGUAGCAUGGGUGGUCCAGAUACCCUGGUUAUUGGAAGCAGCGACUGUGCAAAGAAAGCCCUAAAGAUGAUGGAGCAACUUACUGAUCAUCAUUAUGAUACACUAACUGUGCCUGAUGACCCCGCUGCCAACUGUAUCUACGCCCGUGUGGGACCUAAAUCCAAUGUAUUGGUGCACCGUAGUGCAGAGGAAUAUCCCAACAGUGUCCAGGUCUUCCAGAAAAUGACUGACUAUACCUUGGUCCCAGCAUCCUGCACAGAGGUGUCUAAAUUAGGAGGCUGCCUAACCGCCUGCUCCAUACUGAUCAAUCGCAAGCUGGAGAUUUGA